UAGUAAUUUGAUUUAUAAGAUCAGAGAAUAAUUAAAUACCUUUUCAUAAUACAAUGGCUGGUGUGAAAAUUACGUUGGCAUGAAAAUCGAUCAUUGUAGGCAUAUAUACAAACAGUUUUCCUGAAACAAAAAGAUGUACAAGAACUUUCUUGAAACACAGAAAACUGCUCUGAUUGUGUAUGCUCAUCCCGAGCCUAAAUCGUUUAAUGGAGCACUUCGUGACACAGCUGUUAAAACUCUUACAGCCCAGGGGUAUAAUGUGUUAGUGUCUGACCUUUACGCACAACAUUUUCAACCAGUGCUUUCAAAAACAGAUAUUAUUGGUGAACUCGAGAAUCCAAAACAUUUCAUUUAUCCAAAUGAAAUCGGAGCAGCCUAUAAAAAAGACAGUUUGUGUUUUGAUAUCAAACAAGAAAUAGACAAGUUACAAAGGGCUGACUUAGUUAUUUUCCAAUUUCCAAUACAAUGGGCAUCAGUCCCAGCUAUUCUUAAGGGUUGGUUUGAACGUGUUCUCAUCAAAGAUUUUGCAUUCAGCUUUCCACAAAUGUUAGAUGAAGGACUUCUGAAGGGGAAGAAAGCUGUUUUGUCAUUUACAACAGGAAGUCCAGGUGGGAUGUAUACACCUAAUGGUUUGCUUGGAGACUUAAAUGUUAUUCUAUGGCCUAUUCAGUACUGUACACUUCGAUUUUGCGGAUUUGAUGUUCUGAAGCCACAGUGUUCAUUUUCACCUACAUAUGCCGAUGACAAACAGAGAGAACAAAUGUUAAAUGCCUGGGGAACACGUCUUAAGAAUAUUCUAACAGAAGAACCACUUAUAUUCCCAUCGCUUUCUAACUUUGAUGCACACAAAUGGUUUGUGAUGUCGGACAAUUAUCAGGAAGAGCAAAAGAAUAAAGAAAACGGACCGUCUGUUGGACAUCAUAUGGGUAAAAAAAUGCCACUGUGAAUACAGGUGUAGCGAAAGGUUCAAAUAUAAUAUUAUCGCUACAUAUCUGUUGUGUCCAUAAAUGUUUUUGAAAUAAAAGUUUUAAAAUAUA